AUGACGCCCACAGGCGACCUCUGCGGAAGGCGCAUCGCCGCCGCUUCGAAUGAAGUUCUCAGGUUUAGCAAUAAAGUGACUUUCCGUCAGAUGACUCUUCUCAGAGCUGAUAUGAAGCCAAAGUCCAUCAUAAUACAGAGAUCACAGGAACUGGACUGGCUUAGUAACCCAAGCUUCUCUGCAGAAGAGGCGCUAUUACUGCAUCAGCGCACUACAGAGGUUACACAUCUCAUCCCUGAAAAACCUCCACUAAUAAGGACUACUUCAAGAUCAGAGUUGUCAGGGGACAGUGGUACAGAUGAAAGUCUAAAACAGUCAAGUAAGAAAAGGAAAAAGAAAAAGAAAAAGCAUCAUGACUAUAAGAAGACAAAAAAGAAAACUAAGGGGGACUCCAGUAGCAAUGAAUCGGACCUGGACACCGAGCACACAAAGGACAAAGCCACAAGAAGUGGCAGAAAUCACGAAAAGGAAGCAGCAGCAAAUCUAGAUAAGAAAACAUCAAAUCUUACCAGCAGUCACUUUGUUUGGCUUGAUGAUGUCCAGGCUUGCACAGCAGAAACCUUCAGAAUAGACAAGAAACCAGACCCUGCAAACUGGGCCUACAAGUCCCUGUAUCGAGGCGACAUAGCCAGAUACAAAAGGAGAGGAGAGUCCUGUCUUGGUAUAGAUGCAAAGAAACAGUGUAUAACUUGGGACAGUUCUGCAACAAAAAAGAAGCAGUUACAAAGGCGACCUGAGCGCUACUUCACAAAGAACAGUGUGAAGAUACUGAACACAGAUGGGAUUCCUGUUUGCAAUAAAAGUUCUCCAUCUGACCCACCUGCUUUUAUACCAGUUUUCCAAAUGGAAAAUGAUGAUCCUUCCGACACAACAGAAGUAAAUCCUCUUGGGAUUUAUGAUCCAUCAACUACAGUGUGGCUACAAGGAGAAGGGUGCAAGAGUACAGACCAUGAGCCUGUAAAUACACAGCAAACAAGUCAAGAGCCUAGGAUGAACAUUAACUCCAUUUUAAUGACAAAAGUGGAAGAACAUAACAAGAAAGUCAGAGAAAACCCAAGAGAUAUUAAUGCUUGGAUGGAAUUUGUUUCUUUUCAGGAUGAAUUAAUGAGAGCACCUAGCCCUUAUGCCAGUAAGGGAGAACAGGAAGUAAGAAGAAAGUCAUUGAAGUUAAUCUUAGAAAAGAAACUGGCUAUUUUAGAGAGGGCAAUUGAAAGCAAUCCGAGUAAUGUUCAUCUGAAACUCGCCAGGCUGAAGCUCUGUGCAGAAUUCUGGGAGCCACCAGCUUUGAUCAAGGAAUGGCAGAAGCUGAUUUUCUUACAUCCCAAUAAUCCGGAGCUGUGGAAGAAAUAUCUCCUGUUCUGUCAAAGUCAGUUCACUACCUUUUCUGUUUCAAAAAUUAAUAGUCUCUACGGAAAAUGUUUGACUACAUUGGCAGCUGUACAGGAUGGCAGCAUGGUAUCACAUCCUCUACUGCCUGGCACAGAAGAAGCUAUGCUAGCUAUAUUUAUUCAUCAGUGCCACUUUCUGAGACAGGCUGGCCAUUCUGAGAAAGCAGUGUCUUUGUUUCAGGCUCUGAUUGACUUCACCUUCUUUAAACCUGACAGCGUAAAAGAUCUGCCAACAAGGGGACAGGUGGAAUUCUUUGAACCCUUUUGGGAUAGUGGAGAACCACGAAUUGGAGAAAAAGGAGCAAGAGGCUGGAAAGCAUGGAUGCACCAACAAGAAAAGGGUGGCUGGAUCACUCUCAAGCCCGAUGAUGAUGAUGAAGAGGAGAUUGAUGAGGAUCAAGAAAUAAAGGAUAAAACUCUCCCCAAGUGGCAUAUUUGGUUGGAUAUUGAAUAUUCUCGUGAAGCAAGGCAUUGGUUACCUUGGAGACCAGACAAAAACAAAAAGGAAACUGAAGAAGAUUGUGAAGAUCCAGAAAGACAGGUAUUAUUUGAUGAUCUUGGACCGUCUUUGAUCCGGCUUUCUGAUCCAGAUCUUCAACAUCAACUACUGUACUCAUUUUUGCAAUUUCUGGGAGUUCCAUGUACAAGUAAACUCUUUCCUUCCAACCUCUAUAUUGCCAUGGAUGAAAAUAAUAUCUUUGACAGUGUGCUUUCUGAUGAAAAGCCACUGUCUUCUGUUGAUUUUCCACUUUCUGGAUUCAACAGUAUUGGUCAUAUGGACACGAUGCUACGAAGGAGACACCACAUAGGCCACUAUAAAGAAGGAGAAGAGUUCAUACAGAAUGUUUUUCAUGUUCUUUUCCUGCUAUUUUCAGGAAAGGAAAAAUCUAACUUCUCCAUUUGUUGGUUACAGUACGAAAUAUCCAAGGUAGUUCAGUGUCUCCAAGCAAAAAACAAGAAGAAGCUGAAAGCACAAGGGAAGAAGAGUAAAAAGUUGGCCAAGAAUCUCCUUAAAGCACCUGACAACCGAAACCACCUUUCUCUCUGGAAACUGUAUGCCUACCUAGAAUGGCUGCUUGGUAACACUGACGAGGCCAGGAAGGUAUUUGACACAGCUCUUUGCGCAGCAGGGACAGGAGGACUGAAGAGUCCCCAGCUCUGCAGCCUCGGUCUGCUUUAUGCUCAGCUGGAAGUGGAACUACUAGAAAGUCUAGAAGGAGCUGUUACGUCACAUGCUGUUCAUAUAUUGACCAAGCUGGUUGAAAGUGGACCAUAUGUGCCUUACAGUGGACAAGUGUUAUCUGUGAGUGUCUUGAAAGCUCGUAAAACAUACGAGCAUGCACUGCAAGAUUACUUAAGCAAAACGCCGGUUCCUGAUCAGGAUCAGCUGAUUAACUUGGUUGGUUGUUACGCGCUGUUCCAGUAUUUGACUGUUGGGAUUGAUGCUGCAGUGUUAGUAUAUGCACAGACUUCGGAAAAACUUGAAGCUCCUGGUCCACAGAAAUGUGAAAAUACUGGAGAGAAUUUUGGCAUUCAAAAAUUUCCCACUGCUCUUGAAGCUGUCACACUGCUGCAUACAAAUUUACUCAGAUUCCACAUGAAAAUGAGUGUUUAUCCUUUGAAUCCGCUGCGAGAGGCACUAACGGAGGCUCUGAAACGGUAUCCUAGCAACCAGUCCCUUUGGAGGUCAUAUAUCCACAUCCAAAGGAAGUCUCACAGUGCCAGCAAAGCACGAAGAUUUUUUGAUGGUGUCACAAGGUCUACUGACUCUUUAGAGCCCUGGCUGUUUGCAAUCCAAGCAGAGCAGAUGAGAAAAAAACUCAUUGAGAAUGUGCAGAGGGCAGAUGUUGGUGAAAUACAUUUCACUAUUCCUGAAACUGGGUUAACAAAUCGGAUCGUAGCUCUAUUUGAACAUGCAGUUCAGAGUGAAAAUGGAACCCAUUGUCCACUGCUCUGGAGAAUGUAUUUGAACUUUCUGGCUUCAAUAGGCAAAAAAGAAAAAAGUAAAGGAUUGUUUUAUAAAGCCCUUCAAAACUGUCCUUGGGCAAAGGUACUGUACAUGGAUGCCAUAGAGUACUUCCCUGAUCAUCUGCAAGAGACUCUUGAUCUAAUGACUGAAAAAGAAUUGAGAGUGCGGGUGCCUAUGGAAGAGCUGGAACUGCUAUUAGAGGUUUAA